CCCACUUUCUUCGGUGAGUUUGUUAAAUUUGAGGGCGUUAUUCUCCAACCUGUCCGAGUCCAGAUAUGUACAUAUGCCUUAUUUGCAAACAGGCAAACUUCUGUUUAAUCGAAAAAGUACUACCUCGGUCUUGUGGUCUGUAAUAAACUUGAUCUUGAAAAUGGACUUCACAGUUCGUGCUGCCAAGCCAGAAGAUUGCAAAGAUGUGCAUAGAAUGAUUAAGGAGUUGGCCGCAUAUGAUAAAAUGCCAGACCAUGUUCAGACUUCACAUGAAGAUCUGGAAAAAUAUGGGUUUUCUGCAAACCCCGCGUUUCAGUGCCUUGUUGCAGAGGUCCCUGGGGAACACAAGAGCAAAGAAGGACAUACAACAGUGGGAUAUAUCGUAUACUUUUACACCUUCAGCACGUGGAAAGGACGAUCAAUGUAUUUGGAGGACAUUUAUGUAAUGCCAGAAUUCAGAGGGAAGGGUAUUGGAAAAGCACUCCUAAGCAAAGUGGCUGCGGUGGCAAGGGAAAACCAGUGUGUGCACUUGCAGCUGACAGUGCUGGACUGGAACACUCCAUCCCAGGGAUUCUACUUCAGCAACGGGGCCCAGGACCUGACUACCAUUGUGGGCUGGCGCGUGCUCCGAUUUAAUGGUGACGCACUUGACAAACUAGCAAAAAAAGACCCCAAAAAUUAACCUUCAAGUCCCCGUGUCCAUUCCAUUUCAUCCCAAAUGGCUCAGUGAUCAGUGAUUUAUGUUCUGCUUUCCCCUCUUUCUACUUUUUAAUGUUUAGUGUUCAUAUGAUCUUCAGCAGGGUGUCCUGGUUAUUAGUUUUCUGUAAACAUGCCGUUUCGCUACUGUACUUAAGCACAGUAAAAUCCUUAAUAGACACUUGCAGUCUGCAGUGGUAGCAGGUGCUUUUAUUAAUGUCAGAUCAAGAUAUGAUCGAGCUAAUGAAAUAAUUAAGAGCAGAAGUUGGCACACAAUCGUGAAACAGAUUAGCCCUUGUGCAUCCCAGAUCUACAAUGAUGUGAAAAACACUCCCUUUUAAUUCUAUGGUUUUCCAUAUUAGGACAUGACUGAACCUAAUCUAGUCCUCACCAAGUCCUAACAGUAGAUAAAUCUGACCUCAUGUGACCCAUAACAUGCAGAUUUUAAUUUGUUGUUAGUUAUUCAACCAAAAAUAAGCCAACAUGCAGAAACCAUAUGUGCCCCCUUACCAUUUCCAUAUCCAUGAAGAAGGCAGUUAGAACCAGGUGCUGUAAAUAAAAUGUGCACGAUUGUUGACCAUCAGGAAGUGCUGCCACCUGUAUACAAAAGCAGAAUCUUUGACAGUGUGGUCUGUGGCAUUCAGGUUUGUGUUAACACAGCUUGCCAAGUCACAUAUGUCACAUAAAUGUAACAUUAUCAAUAAAAUGUUUUAAAAUAAUUGA